AUGCAGCCGCGGCUCUGGCUCCUCCUGGCCGCGCAGCUGGCAGCGCUCCACGGCAGCUCGGUCCUCCAGCAGACUCCUGGAUCCAAAAUGGUUCAGACCAACCAAAUGGUGAUGCUGUCCUGUGAGGCUAAAACCUCCUUCACUAACACACGCAUCUUCUGGCUAAGACAGCGCCAGGCUCCAAGCAAGUACAGUCACCACGAGUUCCUGGCCGCCUGGGACUCCACAAAAGGGAUUGUGCGUAGCAAGGAGGUGGAACAGGAGAAGCUAACUGUGUUUCGUGAGGGGACCCGGUUUGUUCUCAACCUCACAAGUGUGAAGCCCGUGGACAGUGGCGUCUACUUCUGCAUGACCGUCGGGACCCCUGAGCUGACUUUCGGGAUGGGAACUAACCUGAGUGUGGUCGAUGUCCUUCCUACCACUGCCCAGCCCACCAUGGAGUCCACCACCAAGAAGAAAGUGUGCCGGCUUCCCAACCCUGUGACCCGGAAAGGUCCUCCUUGUAGCCCCCUCACCCUCGGCCUGCUGGUGGCCGGCAUCCUGGUUCUGUUGGUGUCUCUGUGUGUGGCCAUCCACCUGUACCGCCUGCGGAGGAGAGCCCAGCUUCACUUCAUCAAACAGAAAUUCAAUAUCUUUUGCCUGAAAAUAAGUGGUUUCACAACUUGCUGUUGA